AUGAAGUCGCACGGCUCGCAGCAUGGCAGUCGUUAUGGCGCCUCCUUCUCUCAGCCUAACAUGGCGCCAUCUUCCGACUUUGACGAGCUCAUGUCGAGCCAAGCAGGUCCUUCAUCAGCAUCUCAACGCGAGGCAUCUCAGUUCUCGCAGCGUCCAAGAUGCCCGGAAUGUGGAACACGCAAGAUGCGCCUUCGAGCAGGCCAGCUCAUCUGCAAACGCGGUCACGUACAGCAGCACUUUCGCAUCGAGCAAGCCGAAGACGACGAAUUUCUGGGCGACGGAGUUGCGAGGAAACGACGCACUGUCAACGUCAACAAGGUUCGCAGGCUCAAGAGUCAACACACACCUCACUACUCGCUGCCAGACACCGAUGUCGAGCUAGAGGACAGCGAAGAGGACCAGCUCGAAGAAGAGACGCGACGCGCUCACAAGCGGGCUCGAAGGCAGAGUUCGAGAUCCAGAUCACGGUCGAGAUACUCUGCGCAUUCAGACGAGCUGGAUCAGCUCGCCUCCGAUAGUCAACAAGACGACGAUGGCGACGAGCCGCCCUACUCCAUCCGAGCCGACAGCUUCUUCGAGCGAGAUCCUCGGUCCGCACGCAGCUACGCAGCCUCUUCCGCUGCAGAAGAGAGUGGUCUCGACUCGGAACCAGACACGUUCGCACGAGCCUCAAGACGAGGCAUCCGCAGGAUCUGGCGUUCUGGUGUCGGCCUAUACGGCGCGUACGAAGGCCGCUUCGCCUUGCUACAAUGCUUGCAACUCAUCUUGCGGCUCCAGCUCAACAAGCUUCGCGAGCUGUGGGGAGAAAAAUUGCCACCAGAGACCGAAGCAAUCGCUCGUGAUCUUUGGACCAUGUUCGUCUCUCUUCUGCCCGCUGGUCAUUAUCCACCCGAACCGCUCAUUGCCGCCACUUUCGAUUGGCACACUCGUCACUCCCUAUCGCAAGAGCGCGCUACAGAGCUCUUUCCCAAUCACGCUACGUACGAUCCGGAGAGCGAUAUCCGUCAGCACAGGCGCAGGACGCUUUUCAACGGAUAUCACCACCAUCUUGAGCGUAGACAGCGCACCACAAGUAGUCGAGAGCAGUCACAUGAGCAGCGAGAGCAGGAUGAGGAGGAUCUGGCCGACUCGGACGAUCCAGCUACCGCAAAGGACUGCAUCGACUGGAUCGUCGGUCAAGGAGAGCACGAACGAUCACGAUCCCAACGCUCCAGCGAGCCCGAGUCUCUCGCUGAUCCGGAAGACGAGCUUGCUGAGCUCGAUCCCGUCUUUGCCGAGGAGCGCAGGCAGCGACAACGCUCGCAAGCGAUGUCUGAGGCGACCAGCGACAAUGAAGGCCAGCAACGCGAGCUCACUCCUCCGUCUGGACAAGGCAAUGGUCGAAAGAGUCGGCGUCACAUUCCUGCCUGGGCCUCUAAGCACUCGGUCGCCAAGGCCCAAGCCGAGGUCCUCCAUCUCGCCAUCAUGCCGACCACAAUCUCGAUCAUCUACCUAUCGCUACAUCUCCUCAAGAUUCCCGUCCUCUGGGCCGACCUAGUGAAGCUCAUCUCUUCGCACAAGCUACCUUAUCUAAACGUCGUCCAUUUGUUGCCGCUUCCAAUGACGCAAUCUUUGAACAAGGACAAUGUUCACCAUCACCACCUCGACACAGACGUCGUUCCCAGCAUCACGACGCUUCAUCUGCACACUCUGAGCGUGGCCGACCUGCUGCAACGCACAUACGAGAUCGAUUUUGGCGAGGGCAACACGCCGGCUCAGCUGACGAGGCUGGUGGAGGGCAUGUUGCUGCCACCGACGUUCUAUGUCGCGACAAAGCGAAUGCUGGAAACGGUCAGCAGAGGCGUUGGUCUACAACUUAUGCCUAGUCCACCUCAGAAGGAGAAGAGCACAGCACCGCGCGGCUCGAUCGAGGAGGACUUGCAAGGUGCAUUGCCAGGAGCGGCGCAGCUGCAGCGCGCGCCGAAGGAGUUUGUCCUGAUGGCAGCGCUGCUUGUCGUCAUCAAGAUGCGAUAUGGUCUUGAUGGUCGCGAGCGUGUCGAGCUUCUUCCGACCCCUUCCGCAGAUCCAGCAGGCAGCAAGAAGGGACAUGCCGGCAUAUCAUGUGCGCCGUCACUCGAGCCGUGGCUCGCCGCUCUCGACAAGCGACGAGAGCGGUACCUGCAUUCGACCGACGCAGCGGUCGAGAUGGAUCCUGCCGAGCUAGAGGCGCUGCACAUGACCUCGGACCAGGUGGAAGCGUACGCCGCAUUCGCCGAGGAACACCUGAUUCUAUCGAACCAGAUCGAUCUUCACGAAUGGCGCAGACUCGAGCCGCAGCGUAGGUGGGCAUCCUUCACCGACUUCAUGCCCUCUGCUCCCUCACCCACGCGCCAGCAAUCCGCUCAACCGGCUCAGGCCAACGCGGAUGAGUGGACACAACUCGACGCUGACCUACGCAGUCUCUACCGCAGCCACAUGGCGCAGCCCGUCACCCACACCACCUCGCUUCCCGCCGGCGCCUCGUAUCCAAUGCACCAAUUCACCGGCACCUCUCGCAGUGACGCCGAUCCGCUUGGUCUUACACACUCUGAACUCUACCCGCGCGUCAUUCACCACGCCAACCAUCUCGUCGGCAUCGCUACACCCAGAACGGCGAGCACGGCGAUGGACGCGAUCAUCAAUCAGCUGGUGAAUCCAAGGGCGGAGAAUGCGGAUGCGACGAUCAAAGGCUGGGAGAGCGGGUUUGGGAUUCAGGCUCAUCUCGAGGUCGUGGAGCGGAUGGUGGAGGCGGUCAUGAGGGGAAGGGCGAGGAGGAUGAGGAGGGAGUUGGGGAGGAUACACCGGGACAAGAUUGGUCAAACGGAUGGCCAGAGGACCGGUGAUGGUGCUAGGCAUGAGGCGGAAGAAGAGGCAGAUAGCGAGACUGAGGAGGAGGAAGAGGAAGUAGGAGAGGGUGAGUAG